CUGAGCUUGUGUGAACCACGGACUUUAUUUUACGGGAUUAACAUCCCAAAGUCUCAAGGCUCCACCAAUGAACAGUAAGGAGGCGGUGCUCUGAGGAAAUCAUAUCUCCAAACAGGAAGAAGUCAGAACGAGUGCAUCUUUAUCAGCAGAUAUAUUGGCAUGACUCCUGGGAAGUAGAAAUGAAGCGUGGGAACUGGCGAUCGAGUGGCACGGACCGUCAUCGACAGCACAGUCCGUCACAGUGGCGGAGCAGACACCGUUCAGCCCACGAGGAGCAGGAAUAUAGUUCUGAAAGCACAGCAGGUGAUGCAGGUCCGUCCACAGCAUCCUCGUCUGCACCAGAGUUGCCAGGUUUCUACUUUGACCCAGAGAAGAACCGCUACUUUCGUUUGUUGCCUGGACACAACAACUGUAACCCUCUGACAAAAGAAGGGCUCCAGAAAAAGGAAGAGGAGAGAAAGAGAUCUGCGCUGCUGGCAGAGGAUGAUGGUCCUAGGAAGAAAGCUCCCAGGACUGGGCUGAAUUCUGCAUUGCUGUUACAGAAGAGACAUCUGGGUCUGCUGCCUCCUAGCUCCUAUUCUAGGCUGAUCCAUGAAGUGAAAGUGAGUGGGAUGCACCGUCACCAGCUGGAAGUGCAGAGAUCCAACUCCACCAGCCCAAACACCGAUAACUUCCAUCUCAUUGUUGCAGAUUCAGCUUGUGAGCGAGUCUUCACAGUAAAUGAUGUGUCGCACGGAGGCUGCAAGUAUGGCAUAAUGAAUUUCCAUGGCUGCAGAAAAGGCUCUCUGUCGGUGGAGAUGUGCGAUAACCUUUAUUUUACUAACCGCAAGGUGAACUCUGUAUGCUGGGCCUCUGUGACACACACAGACUCGCAUGUUCUAUUGUGUUUGGUGGGCAUUUCUCAGACCCCAGGCUGUGUCAGUUUAUUACCUGCUUCUCUCUUCAGCAACUUCAAUCCAGAUCAACCAGGGAUGCUGUGCAGUUUUAAGAUCUCCACAGCUUGGUCAUGUGCAUGGUGCCUCAACCCACAGGCUGAUAAAACCUUCAGCACUGGUGAGGUUAUGACUCUUUGUUUGUAUGUGUUUCUACAAUUUGCUGUUGGAAUGAAAAUUACUUUUUAUUUUUAUUUAUUUAUUUUUUUAUACCUAGGCCUUUCUCGACAAGUGAUUGUGACGGAUGCUGUGACCGGACGGAGAGCGACAUACCUCGCAGGCAGUGACGUUCUAGCUCAACAGUUUGCCGUGAGGGCUCCCGUGCUGUUCAACGGCUGUCGCUCAGGAGAGAUCUUCAGCAUUGACCUGCGUCAGCGUGACCGGGGUCGCACUCACGGUUGGAAGACCAACCGCUUCUUCCAGGAGUCGGCCAUCACCUCGAUCCAACUGCUACAGGACGAGAACUACCUACUCGCUGCUGACAUGCUGGGCAAGAUAAAGCUGUGGGACAUCCGUGUUAAGCGCUCUGUUAAACAGUAUGAAGGACACCAUAAUGAAUAUGCCUACCUACCCAUUCAUGUCAAUGAGCCAGAAGGAUUGCUGCUUGCUGUGGGUCAGGACUGCUACACCCGGCUCUGGAGCCUCCACGACAGCCGUCUCCUCAGGACCAUCCCCUCACCUCACCCUGCUGGGAAAGACUCGAUCCCAAAUGUGGUGUUUUCCUCCCAGCUGGGUGGUAGAAGAGGACUUCCUGGACUCCUUAUGGCUGUUCGUCAUGAUCUGUACUAUUACUCUUAUGACAAAGACUAUCAGGAUGGACUAACACUGGAGGGUCAGUUCUAACAGUUACCAUCUAAAAACGAAAAUCAAGCUGCUGUGUGGAAAAUACAUCUGUUGUCCUAUUGACCACAAUGUUGCCAUUUUACCAUUUGACUUUAGUUUUUUUUUUUAAAUAAAUAUUCUGGAUUAGACUA